CUCAGACCAAACAGAAGCAAGGACAGCUUUGCAGGGAGCAUCUCGGUGAACUUCUAGAAGCAACUGUCUCUCUCCCACCAGAACAUAAGCUAAGAAGCAAACAGCUCCCAUUGCUCUCAGCACAGCUGUACAACAAAAAUGAGAACCAGUUUCCGGAUGAGGCCAACACGGUGAACAGUGCAGUAGAAGACAGCAAGGAUGUCAAUCCUGCAGGAGGCACCUGCAGAGCCGAGCCCUUCCAAGCAGAGUGAAGAAGUCUUUCAAAGGCAAAGACUCCCAGAGAGGAGUUCAGUACCCAGAAGAGUAGGUGGACGUGGGCCUGGAGGGGCCAAGCAUGAGCCCAGAGCCUCCUAUGCCUGCCCAAAGUCUUAAUUUUAUCCCCAAAAUGAACUUUUAAGGAUUCAAUGCUUAGGAGUAACAUGGCCAGAUAUGCAUCUUACAAAGACUCCAGGGACCAUGUCAGGGCAAGGCUGGAAAGCAGGAGAAAGGCUACAAUAAUCCAGGCAAGAAAUUAUAAAGUCUUAAAUUAAGGUAGCAGCAGAAAGAUGAAGAGAGGGAACCCCUAAGAGAAAAAUCGUCAUCGAAUGGUACUGAGAUGCGGAAGGUAAGGACGAGAAAGGCCUCAAGACGGCAGCGCAGGCCCCUGCCGUACUCUGGGAAAGAAAACCUCGUGAAAAGAUUAAGGCUCAAGUCCAGGUCUUUGCUGGAACCAGGAGCGCGGACGGCGCGCGCCCCCUACCCCGCGUCGCCGGCUGAGCCCGCAGGGACCCACACGCCCAGCGCGGGAGCGUGGCGGGAUCCGAGCUGGUUCUCCUGGAGCUCGCCCCGCAGGGCGGGCUGCAGUGAAGACAGCGCACAGUCCCGAGGCGACCCGAGGCGCGGGGCCUUGGCGCCCGCCGGGCAGGCUACACUGAAGGGCACCCCAAAGACGAUGGGGGCGCGGGGCCCGGGGCCAACGGCCGCAACCCCGCCGCGAUCUGGGCACGGAAAGGACGCGGGCUCGGCGGUGCGCGAAGGGCGCAGGGAGGGGAGACCCGGGGUCGGGUUCGUCUAAGGGCCGGGCGGCGGAUCCUCCUGGGCCAGGAGCGUGGAGCCGCGCAGGACCCACAGCGGCCUUCGGGAGAUUGCGGAGCCCGGCCCGCUCUCCCCAGCGAAGGUAUCUCACCUGAGUCAGGCGAGGGUCAGUCCCAGCCGGCUACACACCGCGGAAGCGAGGCCCUCCGCGCUUUUAUCCCACCGACCAAUCGCACAGCGACUCGCACCGAUUGACAAGCUCAACGGACCAACCACUUGCGCGUAUGGGCGGGACUAAGCUAGCCGGAGUCCAGAAGCCCGCGCUAACGGUUGCUAGGGACGCACCAAACACCCCCUACGGCGCUUCGGAGGAGCCAAAGGAAUCAUGGGCGCCUCCGCCCCCGGGCCGGGCAGAUGCGGUUUCCUCCCGACUCGCGAUCAAAACGGUUGACAGGAGGGUCGAGUCCGAAGAAUCCGGCGAUGAAGAAGGGAAGAAACACAGCAGCGGCAUCGUGGCCGACCUCAGUGAACAAAGCCUGAAGGAUGGGGAGGAGCAGGGGGAGGAGGACCCAGAAGAAGAACAUGAGCUGCCUGUGGACAUGGAAACCAUCAACCUGGACAGAGAUGCAGAGGAUGUUGAUUUGAAUCAUUAUCGCAUUGGGAAGAUUGAAGGAUUUGAGGUACUGAAGAAAGUGAAGACUCUCUGCCUCCGCCAAAAUUUAAUUAAAUGCAUUGAGAAUCUGGAGGAGCUACAGAGUCUUCGAGAGCUGGAUCUUUACGACAACCAGAUCAAGAAGAUUGAGAAUCUGGAGGCGCUAACAGAGCUGGAGAUUCUAGAUAUUUCUUUUAAUCUGCUGAGAAACAUCGAAGGGGUUGACAAGUUGACACGACUGAAAAAACUCUUCUUGGUCAACAAUAAAAUCAGUAAAAUUGAGAACUUAAGCAACUUACAUCAACUACAGAUGCUAGAGCUGGGAUCUAACCGCAUCCGGGCAAUCGAAAAUAUCGACACCUUAACCAACCUGGAGAGUUUGUUUUUGGGGAAAAACAAAAUUACUAAACUUCAGAACCUGGAUGCGCUCACCAACCUGACAGUCCUCAGUAUGCAGAGCAACCGGCUGACCAAGAUCGAGGGUCUGCAGAACCUGGUGAACCUGCGGGAGCUGUACCUCAGCCACAAUGGCAUCGAGGUCAUCGAGGGCCUGGAGAACAAUAACAAACUCACGAUGUUGGACAUUGCAUCAAAUAGAAUCAAAAAGAUUGAAAAUAUCAGCCAUCUAACAGAGCUGCAAGAGUUCUGGCUGGAGUCUCGCUCUGUCACCAGGCUGGAAUGUAGUGGCGCAAUCUCGGCUCACUGUAACCUCCACCUCCCGGGUUCAAGGGAUUCUCUUGCCUCAGCCUCCCGAGUAGCUCACCAUCCCCACAGACAGCUCUCGAUGCGGCCGUGCCUGUGUCACACAUCUCCUUUGUUAAAGGAGUAAAUAAGUGAUUUGUACAUUCUACCAGUUGUUUAUGAAAUGUAUCUUAAGAAUUCUACCCAUCUUUUGCUUAAAACAUUACUGAGUUUGGGGUAAUUAAUGUAAAUUUUCUAUAAUAUCAGCCAAAAAAAUUGUAAAGGGAAAUACAGGUGUCCUAUGUAUGUAUAUGCAAAAUACACACAUAGAAAACCCCAUAAAUACAAAAUGCAAGUUUGGGUUCCAAAAACCAAAAGAGUCUACCAGGAAAACAUCAACCGAGAAGAAGUUCCCUAGCAGAAUCCCAGCCGUUGGUUCGGGCAAGGGAUCAACUGCUGAGAUAACUGGGAAGGAUGUUGAAGAAGGGAUGUUUGCACACAGGCCCGAGGAUCAUGCCACAGAGAACUCGCUAAUUGCAAAGGGAAAGCAUGUCCCCAGAGUCAUCUGGGGUCACCAGCUGAUCUGCAUGAUAAAACUUAGCAUCCCUAAUUGUGGGACCACCUGAGGUGCUGUGUCCCCAGUGUGAGUCAUCUAUGCAGUAUACCUACCAAAAAUGUUUAGUCUGAUCUAACCAAGCAUUCAUACCUAACUUCAAGUUUAUGGGAAGUAUAAGAGCUAGAGGAACAAGCUAAAUGACAAUGAGGGGUACUUUACAAGACAGUUCUUCAAAAAGCCAAUUUUAGUUUUUAAAAAAAAGUGUGAGAAGGACAUGGGAGGUGCUCAAGAUUAGAAGAGAUUGAAAUGGUCCCUCUGGGGGAAAGGAAUGUGCCCGCGCUCUCCAGCCAGGCUCCCUGACAGCCCCGGUGUACAGAACUUUACAAGAGAAACAUAAGGUCAUCUUUUUUCCAUGAUGAGUGUAACAUCUUUGCCCCAUCCUGGGAUCUAUGGAAUGUAUGAGACAGAGUCUCAUACAAGUGAAUGUUUUUAGUUCCAUUUUGGAAAAAUGCAAAGAUAAGAAUCUCUGAAAGUUACCAGUAUCAAACACAUUAUUUACAACGCACCACUGGUGGUGAGUAAAAUUCCCUGUGUUAGGUUUACUAAGUCCUGGAGGAAAUUGCUCUGAGAUGGGCAGUGCUAUGGAAAAUUACAAAAUCUGCAGUUUAUAAAGAUGGUCCGCCAAUCUAGACUAAUAAUGACAUUGGAAAAUGCUGUGAUGUGUGAGACAAGAAGCAUCUGGUGUGUGACAAACACAAAUACAUCACAUAUCGAUAAAGGAGGUGGUGACACAGCUUGAAGACCUCCCAUGCCAGAGCUGAAAGCCUGAAUCAACUGCCAGUGGUGUUUUGAGUCAUUUUUUAAAUAGACUAUGUUACAAGAAAAUCUUAUUUCUUUCAAACAGUGUAAUAUUGCUACUUUUAUUAAAUGAAUGUCCUUUU